CACAACCCUCGUGAGAAAGACUGAGCAGCAGGGAAACCGGCUCAAUGGAAGAAGUGGGUCCUCAGAUGUCCUUAACAGAGCACAUUUCCAUCCCAAUUGGGGUCGGAGGUCAGGGCGAGCGUCUCGCGGGCCGAAGGAGGAAGAUGGCGGUGGAAUCGCGCGUUACCCAGGAGGAAAUUAAGAAAGAGCCAGAGAAGCCAAUUGACCGCGAAAAGACAUGCCCGCUGCUGCUGCGAGUCUUCACCACCAAUAACGGCCGUCACCACCGAAUGGAUGAGUUCUCCCGCGGAAACGUACCCUCCAGCGAGCUGCAGAUUUAUACUUGGAUGGAUGCAACUUUGAAAGAACUGACUAGUUUAGUAAAAGAAGUCUACCCAGAAGCUAGAAAGAAAGGAACACACUUCAAUUUUGCAAUUGUUUUUAUGGAUCUUAAAAGACCUGGCUAUCGAGUUAAGGAGAUUGGCAGCACCAUGUCUGGCAGAAAGGGAACUGACGAUUCCAUGACUUUGCAGUCGCAGAAGUUCCAAAUAGGCGAUUAUUUGGACAUAGCGAUUACUCCUCCAAAUCGGGCACCACCUCCUUCAGGGCGUAUGAGACCAUAUUAAAUUUUAUUUACUAUCUCUCGAAUUUAUUUUUCAGCCAGUUAUGUAAAAUAAACAUACUCUUUCCUCCCCUGA